AUGGCGAAGCGCGAAACUUCAGAGCAAAUGGCGGUUACUUUUACUAAAAGACGUCAUGGUCUUUUCAACAAAGCAGCAGAUUUGUGCAGGAUUUGUGAUGCUCAAAUUGCCAUUACGGUCUCCUCAACUGGAUGCAAAGAAAAAUUUUAUACCUUUGGCCACCCUUCGGUUGAUGCUGCCUUCGACAGGUUCCUCCACAAUUUUCCUGCUGGCCCAGAAGCAGGAGUAAGCGAUGCAGGCAUCAAGUCAGCCAGCAAUUCCAUCUAUGAAGAAAUUAAGACAUUGGAGGGUGAUGUCAAUACUCUCAUGCAAAACAAGAAGAGACACGUUGGAGGGAUUUCAUGGGAUUCUUUUGAGGAGUUUGUGCGAUCGAGUAAUUUAGAUCAGGAGUUAAAGGAUGUUGUUGAAAGCCUGGAGUGUUUGUUGCGUCAGGCCAGGAAUAAGCUGAUGAAUAACUUGACUGGUAAUCUUGGCGUGAGCAAUAUUGUUGAGCCAAAAUCUGUUGAUUUUUUGGCUUUAGAGCUUAAACCCCAUGAUGAUUCUUCACCUAGCUUAGGUGAUGAAAUCGGUCGGACUACUGGUUGUUCAUCUAUUAAUAAUGGUAUUGAUUUUCUAGGGGAAGUCGACAUGGAUCCUAUAUGGAAUCUCCUUAGGUAUUCUGAUUCCAGUUCCAAUUCCAAUUCUGACCAUGUUCGUUCCAGUAACAGUAAUGACCGCACUACUUCAGGGACUGCCUCUAAAUCAGCUUCAGUCUCACAAGAGAAUGGUGAUUAUGUAUUUCCUACUACCGAUUUGGAUUCAGAAUUCUUCUUCAAGGACAUGACGUUUGUUGAUUGGGGAACUUAUAACACCACACCGGAUUCUGACUUUAGGGAUAUUAAAAAAAGCACCACACCAGAUUCUGGCUUUGGGGGCAUUAACCGACAUUGUGUUAUGGAUGGGGACUGCAAUGCCAAGCAACAGGAUUCAGCUGCUAAUUAUGGUUUCAUGGAUUUGGUUGGUGAGUAUGGCAACUGUAUGACUGAUCAGAUGGGACUCCCACUGCUCACUACAGAUGCUAAUUAA